UCUUCGGUUCUGCUGGUGGUCUGGGCUGGAUUUUGUUCUGCAGUAUGUGUUGAAGUUCCAUCAGAGACAGAGGCUGUCCAAGGAACGCACAUGAAGCUACUCUGUAUCUCCUGCAUGAAGAGGGAAGAGGUCACAGCCAGCACGGUGGUGGAAUGGUUCUACAGGCCGGAGGGUGGAAAAGAUGAACCUAUCUACGAGUACAGGAAAACAAACCAUGAAUUUCCGAGCCGCUUCAGUGGUCGGUUACAGUGGAAUGGGAGUAAAGACAUGCAGGAUGUAUCCAUCACUGUGUUAAAUGUGACCUUGAACGAUUCGGGUAUCUACACCUGUAACAUCACCCGGGAGUUUGAGUUCGAGAUUCACCGACCUCUCUUCACAAGCUCCAGAUUGAUCCACCUCACCGUGGUGGAGGAGGCUGGAGAAGACUUCACCUCGGUCAUCUCUGAAAUUAUGAUGUAUAUUCUGCUGGUCUUUCUCACCUUGUGGCUACUGAUAGAAAUGGUCUAUUGCUACAGAAAAGUCUCUAAAGCAGAGGAGGCUGCCCAGGAAAAUGCGACAGACUAUCUUGCGAUUCCAUCAGAAAACAAGGAAAACUGCGCCGUGCCUGUGGAGGAAUAGCAGAGAGGAGUCAGCAGAAUGAACGGCACCAAGGGGCUCUGAAGACAGAAGGACCACGUCAUGCCAACCAGGUUUGAGGGGGAGCUCUGCGCCGUCGGGAGGAAAUUCGGGGAAGUGUAAAUUCUCCUCCGUUUGCCUUGGACUCUGUACAGCCUCGACUUUGGCCUCAUGACUCCAUUCUGAGCUGCCAGCCCAUUUGCUAAAGGACUCUUCUUUUGAAGCAUGCUGAGCAAAGGGCACCGGGCUGUGGGCAGCACGGCUCCUUCCCAAGUUUCAGUCCCAUCAUCACAUUAAUGGCUUUGUAAAUGUUAAGUGUUGUUUCUUAGCUGCUGCCACCGCCACCUUUAUUUGCUAAAUACGCUAGUUCUCCAUUGCAGAGGUAAAGGGUAUGUAUGUCUUGUUACUCUGUCCUGCAGGGCUGGGAAUGAGGUCAUCUUAGGGUGACGUUCCACUCUAUGCUACAGCCCAAGCAGUCUUGUCAGUGUUAAAACAGGAAGAAUUCAAUUAGUUUGUUGCUUGGUAAGUUGCUCUGGGCUUUGGGCUGCCCGUGCACAGGCAGAGUAGGAUAAGGACUGUAAUACGUUAGAAUUGUCAGAAAUGUGUAGUAGGAAGGCUGAGUCCCUGUGCCGUGUUCACACUUGCUGCUGAAGGAGGGAACUGAGAUUAUAGAUCCUGAAGCACUCCUACUUUGGGAAGCAGUAUGACGUAAGUAUAAGAAUCCCCUGUACCCCCUCUCCCUUUCAUUUAGCAAGCGUCAAAAUUCU